AUGGCUAUUGGGGCUUUGUCCAAUAGCACAUACCAUGCUAUAGAUGAGGAAGCUAGAGCAGAGGUUGAUGUGUUAAAUUCCAGGCUCGAUAGAACAACCCAAUUGACGAAGAAGAUCCAAGCUUCCCUCGGCCGACUCGAAGCUACGGGCCAGAGCGUACGAGAUGUCGCUGGUCCUCUAAACGGAGAAACGAGGCGUCUCCAAACACUCUCUAAAAAUGUCGAGUCUGUGCUUGCUGCCAUCGAUCGCCUACGUCAACCUUCGGAUAGCAAAGAUGAUGAGGAGCAAAUCAUUCGAUCCGGACCUGAAAAGGCCGGCUUGUCGAACUACUUGGCUUCCAUCAAGCGACUAAGCAUUUCAUACAAGGAAAUGCAGACUUCUAACCUGCGCGCAAAUCAGGGUACCAUGAAUGACCUGACCCGCCUCAUCAAGCUGGGCAAUACGCAGUUAGAGAACCAUUUCGACAAGAUUCUACGCGGCGAAACCCCCCGAUCACUCGAACCGCUCCACUACAUCACCAAAGACAAGCCCUUUCCCGUGCUUUCCCAAGACAAGAUUGCUCGGCUAGGCCUUAUUUACUCUCAUGUUGCGGGAAACUACGCGAAUGGCUUCGAGUCUUCUGUCGCCAAGAUAUACGCCGAUAUACGAGGGCCAUAUUUAUCAGCGUCUCUGGCCAAUUUGGCCGCGGCGAGUGUCAAUACCGCCAAGAAGAAGAACCCAGGCGAUAUAUACCAAGCAGGCGCAAAUGGUAUUGGAACAUACACACAGGCUAUGGAGGGAAUCUUCAUUGCUGAAUAUGACAAUAUCUGCAGUAUCUUCACGCGUGAGGAUUGGGGCCCCAUCCUGCAGGCGACAUGCCAGGCUGCUGUGACUGAAUUGGCCCGAACUCUGCGAGAGCUCAAUACACACAUCAAAUCCCAUCUUACCACCGACUGCUACAUGGCCUACGAAGUUACCGAAAUCAUCUCCGGUCUUUCGAAUAACCUUGACAAGCGUACGGGUGAGCUGAAGAGCUCACUAUCUGCCGCUCUCAAACCCGUCCGUGAGACGGCCAAGUCUUCUCUCGCCGAGUUGCUAGAAGAAACCAAGCGGAAAAUAGGCAACCUACAGACACUUCCAACGGAUGGAGCUGCAAGCCCCAUCGUGGCGGAGACAAUGCAGCGAUUGAACUCCAUGGUGGAGUUUUUAAGGCCCAUUUCAAGCAUCAUGAUAUCUCUCGGCGACGGUGGCUGGAAGCCUGGAGCUGCUGCCAACGGUCGCACAACAGAGGGAAUACCGAGUCUAGCCUCGUUUGAUGUCGGCGCCGACGGUAAAGACCUCUUCGCCAAAUAUUGCCUUGACACUAUUGAGGUUCUGCUCUCCUCCUUGGACCAAAAGGCCCGCGUGCUGCUCAGAAGCAAGUCCCUGUUAGGCGUCUUCUUGGCCAACAGUGUUGUCGUGAUAGAUCAUACGAUUCGCAGUUCAGAGCUUGGGCCAUUGCUUGAUGGUCGUCUUGAUUCGCUUGAUCAGUGGAGGAAGAAGGCCACUGUUAUGUACACCGAUAUCUGUAGGGACAUAUCUGUCUAUCUAUUCGAUACCAUCCACACAAACCGAACCAAGCGCCCAACUUCUGGCCAUGCGGAUACUGCCGACUCUGCAUCGGUAGUCAAGGGCCUGAACAGCAAGGACAAGGACAAGAUCAAGGAGAAGUUUACGCAGUUCAACAAUGCAUUUGACGACAUGGUAGGCAAACACAAAUCGUACAGCAUGGACCGUGAAGUACGAGCAAUGUUUGGUCAAGACAUUCGUCAAAAGCUGCAGCCCUUGUAUGAACGAUUUUGGGAUCGUUACCAUGAGAUUGAUAAAGGAAAGGGCAAAUACGUCAAGUAUGACAAGCAGUCGAUUGCAGGCGUAUUUAUGAGCCUUGCCUCUUAG